AUGCAGUUAAUCCGGCAUAUCGAAAAACAUGAGGAUUUCUUCCUCCCUAGCCCUGACGACAUUGCUCUCGGCAUCCACGAUAAGCUCUACGGCAAGGAAAGCUCUUUAGCCUUUUCAGAGGUCGAAGUCAGUUUUCCUGCAACGGAGAUUCAGCAGGGAAUUCUCAGUGAAGAUGUCCAAUGGGCAGAAGUUGAACUUUUUGCCGGGAAGCCAUCUUCCUUUGGUCUCGAGAACAUCUUCAAUGCUUGGACCUCUCUAGCCUCACACCAUAUCUGCCUGAGAUCCUACAUCACAAAUGACACCGGCUCAGGCCAACCGCAGGUCGUAGUUCUCCGCAGGGUCGAGGGCAUCCGAUGGGACCAUCCUGACAAGAGUCCGGAUGAAGACAGUCAGACUCCAGCUUAUGUGACUGUUGAAAGCACUCGCCGGCGGGAUGGAAUCAGCCUGGUCCUUCACUUUCAUCGUGCUCUGAUCGAUACAACGUCUUUGCACAUGAUCAAGCUCGACUACGCUCUUCAAGUCCAUGGGCUACCCAGCCUCGAGACUGCAGGAUUUGCCACAUAUAUACGAUAUCUCGACCAACAAAGACAAAAUAUUGGAACCUCCAAGGCUUUUUGGACUGAAACCCUGGCCGGCCUUGUUCCCCGGUCCAUAUUCAGUAUUCACGCUGAUGAAUACACUCAAACUACCACCAGAGGUAGACAUGGUGUCAGCGCUGUUAUCAGUGGGCCAGAUUUAGCGCAACUCAAUGAUCUUGAAGCUCACCACGGCCUGUGCUCUUGGCGUCAGACAUUCUUCGAGGUCGUUUGGGCACAUGUGAUCAGCACUCAUACCGGCUCUGACGAUGUCACUUUCGGUACGGUUCGCCGGGACGAUAGCUUCAUCGGGUCAAACAACUGCGUUGGAUGUGUUGAUCAAACAUAUCCUGUCCGUUUCCAUGUCGAGAGCGAUGGGGGCUUGGCUAUCAGUGAAGCCUCCAAGACUCUCGACAGCUAUCACAGCCAAGCUGGUCGCCAUGCCUUUGUAGGACUCGAGGAGAUCCAGCGUCAUGCCCCAAGCCUCCGUUUAGUCGAAACCGCUGUCAGUUAUAGUCAAACGACGAACACGCCAUGCAUUGCUCCCGGGCUACGGAAUUUUCCCGUCGUUCUAUGUAUCAGCGACAGCGGAGUAUUGAGACUCACUCUCAAGUGCAAGUCCUACGUUCCCCUUGAAGAGGUUGAGGUUGUCCUGCAGCAUUUCGUCGCUGGCAUCGUCAAUGCCGCGUCUAAGUUGAAGCUUGCAGGCGAAUGCAAGCUAUUAGCCUCUGAUCUUACGUCUGAAGAUGAGCAAUGGUUCAUCAUGUCGCAGUCCCUGUCAACACGCAUCGCCGAGCCUACGACUAUACCUCAUCUGUUUGAAAAGACCGCCGCUGCAUUCCCUGAGAGAAUCGCAGUUGAGUCGGAAGGCAGGACACCUGUCACGUUUCUCGAGCUCAAUAGCCAAGCCAAUUUGCUCGCGAGAAGACUCAAGCUGGAAAAGGGAUCCUUCGUGCCCAUUCUUGCCGAGAGGUCUGUGGAGCUUGUCAUCGCAGUCCUGGCCGUGCUCAAAUCCGGAGCGGCGUACACCAUUCUCGAUCCCAACACUCCCCCCAGCCGCCUCAAACACGUCGUAGAGGAUCUCAGACCUGUCACUGUUUUAGCUGGCCAUCGAUUUGCCAAUAUACUCUCCAACACCUUCGACAUUGAGCACACUCUCUCUUUACCGGGUAUUAAGAGUCCAGCCCACAUGAGUCCACGUUAGGGGGAUUUCAGUAUAUAAAAUCUAAACUAAAGAGUAGAGGUUUUUAAAGCGGAG